AUGUUCCCAAUCAGUAGAGAAUGGAUAAAGGAUUGGUCGUUGGACGUUGACAUUGAUAUUUGGGCAGAGUACAUUAAGAGUACUACGGCAAUGAAGAUGGCUGAGGAGCAUAGAGAGAAGGUGGAGUUCCUCAUCACAAUGUUUCCAGACAUUCCUGACGAAACCAUUGAACUCAUGUUGGAGACGGUUCAAGGUGAUGCCAAACUAGUUGUAGAGUUAUUGCUAGAGCCCCUAUUCGAUACAGACAAUGACAAUGAAGAUUACAAUGACAGUUAUUAUGAUGUUAAUGAUAUACCAAUACCAGAGUUGGACAUUCAUGAAGACAACAACUACAAAACAAUGCCAAUGCCUAUCAAGAAGCAAUUUAAUCAACAUCAACAACAACAACAACCACAACAACAGAAGCAACAACAACAACAGAAGCAACAACAGAAGCAACAACAUAAACAACAGAAACAACAACAGAAACAACAAAACCAUUAUCAGCCUCCUCCUCAGACAUCACCAAAGAAGCAGUUUCUGAAACCAAAGGAAUAUCAGAGUAUUCAUUCAUCAGAGCCACAACAACUACAAUAUGUACAACAACAACCCAAGACUACACCUCCUCUUACUCCAGUUGUGCCCAUACUGGAGCCACCUCAACAACCACAACUUGAACAACCUCAACAACUUGGUAGUGAUUAUAGAGUGAUGCUGGCACACCUUCAGGACAUGUUUGGACAUAUUCCAAGACAACAUAUUGCAAUGGUCAUUGAGAUGGAGAACUUCAAUCAAGACAAGACUAUCGAUGCACUCUGCGACUAUGACAACACUUUGAGGAGAUUGGAAGAGUAUCAAUUGCAGGUGGCAUGGUUGCAGGAGCAGCAGGUGAAGGAGGAGAUGGAGCUGAAGCAGCAGCAGCAACAGCAGCAACAACAGCAAAUCCAAAUGCAGCAACAACAGCAACAGAACAUGACAUCACAUCAGAAUAUAAUCAAGCCAAAGACCAACAACAAUAACAACAACACACCAAAGAAACCAAAGAAGACAUUCGAAUCUCCACCAAAGUUGGAGGAUGUCAUCAAGGAGCAACAAGAGAACAGUAUCAAGAAUCCAUCGUCAGCAUACAAAUAUGUUUCAACCUCAUCAUCUAGUCAAUCAUCUAAACAACAUCAACAACAACAUAGUCAACAACAACAACAAGAAGUUGUAGAUAACGAUAACUAUGAUGAAUUGAAUGCAAAGGCAAUAUUGGCACAGACAAGGAAGAGCAACAAUCAAUUCCAUAAUAAUGGACAGGCUGAUAAGAAGGAGAUGUUGCUGUUGAAGGAGUUCUCUGUGAUGGGAGAGGAUGUUGUACUGAGUGUAUACGAACAGUCUGGCAACGAUCUCAAGAAGGCAUGGGAGCAUCUAAAGGAGAUGAGAAUGGAGGAGUAUGGUGGUGAUGUAAAGACACUGGCAUCCAAGGUCAAGAAGCAUUCCGCAAUGAAUAGUGGUCCACAGCCAUACACCACCACGACAACUACAACAACAACAACAUCAUCAGCACCAACGACCACAGUGGCCAAUCAAAUACUCAAUAGACAGCAGCAGCAACAAGGUGGAAAACCGAAUAAUAAUAACAGGCCAUUGCCAAAUGCUGCUGCUGCUGUUGCUGAUGAGCCAGACAGAGUUGCCAUCAUUCCAUCUGGUCCAAACAAGGUGGAGAUAUACUCUGGAGUAACCAAAGUAGAGAAGACAUUCCAGAGGGUCCAGCCCAAUAACCCAAAGAAGACCAGUCCCAAGUUGUCUUCAACUCAGAUGAACCAGAGGGACUACGAACAAUACAGAUCAGAAGCCAAUAGAUAUGCAGCACUGAGGAAUACAUUCUUCAAACAAGCUGCCGCAGCAUACAUGGCUGGAAAGGCUGCUGAUGCUCGCUCAUUGUCUGAGAAAGGUCGCCAAUACGAUGUGUUGCUGAAACAAGCCAACUCUAAUGCAUCCAACCAGAUUUUUAUGUCUUGCAAUUCGAGAAUCAAUGAUACACUUAGGAUUGAUUUACAUGGAUUGUACGUGACAGAGGCAUUGGAGAUGGUCAGCCACAUUCUGGACGUUCACACGAGUGGAAAGUACGAGGGAUCUGGAGAGGAUCGACCAAAAGAAAUCGAACUCAUCACCGGUAUGGGUAAUCACAGUGAAGGAGGUGUUGCAAAGAUCAAACCAGCGUUGAUCAACCUGCUGCGCGAGUCCAGGUUGCAGUUCCAAGACAGGGGUGGUAUCAUAGCUGUCAAGUUAAGAUAG